GCCAUUUGCAUCUCAAGCGUUCGGUCCUUAGCAGAGACACGCGGAGACCGAUGCGGUUUUUCCUCGUGCAGAGCUCCGCGCAGCUCCUAUGAAUGUUCGACAGCGAUUGAAGGCUCCGAGAAAACUUUCGGCAUGCAUAGCAUCUUGCUUGCUCUUGAGCGGAUCAAUAGCAUUCACGAUUGCUCUUGGGUUCGUGCCCGCACACCGUGGGGCCGCACGGCCACACUACACACGAAGAUGUUCUGGUAGAGCCUUGGCAGAGGGCGAGGAAUUUCUAGACGAGGGCGAGGGUGAGAGAAUAUACACAGAUGUCAACCCUGCAGAUGUACAGGAAGAGGAGUACGCCUUCGAUGACUCAGUUUUUGCAGAGGACAAGCCUGAAGACAUCGGGCCUGUCCACUAUUAUGGGGUCACCGAUGCUGAUGGCGUAGCUAUAGUUCCACGACCUGCCGUUGACCUCGAUGCAUUCACUGAGUCUGAUCGAUUGUUUCCCGGAGAUGUGGUUGCAGCUCAGGUUCCAACCAACGGGAGUGCUGCUCGUUUGCUGGAUGGGCGAGGUUGGCUUGAACUGAGUCAACUGGGCAACGGCCUUGAAGAGGUUCAACCCUGGGCGGCCAGGAUCAUGAAAAAGCCUGGAAUUGCCAAAGCCGAUGCAGAAUCAUUGGGGUAUUUGUCUCUAGAUGAUUCCAAGCUCACACCUUUGGCUCAGCAUUUGCCGCUGCCAAAUCGUGUGCUUGCACAGCUUGACAAAAGAGGUGUCAAGAGGGCAUCUCCAAUACAAGAGGCUGUAUUUUCAGACAUCUACCGAGGCAAGAGCCUGUGUUUGCAAAGCCAAACUGGUACUGGAAAGACCUUGGCCAUGGUGCUCCCUUUGCUGACUGCCAUGUCUGAGGAAUCACAGUGGGGCAGCGAAGGGGACAAAAUUGUUGUCAUCACUUCUUGUCGGGAACUGGCUGUGCAACUCUUUUCGGAUAUUGACUCCAUGGGCUUUUUUCCAGCAGGCAAAGGGUAUGCAACCAUGGUGAUCGUUGGAAAUGUACCUCCAUCCGAAGCUGUACUGAAUGCCAAUGUCAUAAUAGGCACUCCAAAUGAACUGGGAGGAUUGUUGCACAAGGACAACCAGAUCGUGCAACAGAUGACCACCAAGCUCCGAGGAAUCCUCCUGGAUGAGGUGGAUGAAUACACCACAGCACCUCGGCUUUUUGCUUCCAAGUGGGCGAUUAAAAAGAAGAGAAGAAUCUACAAUGAAAAAAAGGCCGUCUUGUCGGGCCGGCUGGGUGAUUUCAAUACUGGAGUCAUCGAAUGGUUUUUGAAACGAUCUUUGGCCUAUUCUCGCCGGCGCGACCUGCAAGUUCUGGCCGCAUCCGCCACCAUGAACCGAGCAAUGGCACGGAAGGUCCACCGCUUGCUUCGAUGGGAUCCACUUGGUCGAUGGUAUCAGGAGCCACCACCUUUGAUGAGGCCCACGGCGAUGAUGAAAGCAGAUUGGCAGGCAGUCCCUUUCAUGCCAACAGUGCCCUUGGAUAUCCAGCACCGCUUUGUGCCGGUGGUAGAGGGCAAGAGCACUACUCACAUCGAUAUGAAGCAUUGGACACGAAAGCCAUUUGCAAAAGGAGGCCUCCCCAGAUUGAAGAUCAGAGGCAUUCGUCAACAGAGGGGUUGGGGACAGCGUCCAGUGGCCGUGGAGAAAGCACAAGCAAUGCUGGAUGGUUUGCAUGAUGCGUUGAGGUCACGUCCCAAAGGUUCCGGCUCCGCUUUGGUGAUGAUUUGCCGAAGCGUUGGUUUGACGGUUCGAAAUGCUCUCCAGAACUUGCACCGCUGGGGCUUUCACGAGGCCGAAGCCAUGCAUGAGGCACUCUGGACUGAUCCAACAGAUUGGCCGAGUAAGUGGGCCAUCAAGUACUCCUACAACCAGAAGGACAAUGCUGUUCAGAUCGCCCAGAGGCAUCAAGAGCUCAACCAGCGGACCAAGAAUGCACAACAUUUGCCCUUUCCCGUUGGAGGCAGCGCGUGGAAAGCGAUGGAAGCUCGAAAGAAGAAAGGCCAGUGCACGGCUCCAGUUCUCGUUUGCUUUGAAGGGCUAGGACGUGGGAUUCACUUUGAUGGUGUCGACACUGUCUACAUUUUGGGCUUGCCACAAAGGCCCAAGGCCUAUCUUCACUAUGCCGGGAGGGUAGGCCGCCUUGGCCAAAAGGCUGGGAAAGUCGUGUCCAUCCUCCCAAUGGGAGGUGAGAAAGUUCUCCGGGCGUGGGAGAGCAAGAUUGGUCCAGGAGUUCGGUUCGAGGAGGAACCAGUCCAGCGGAUUCGGAGCAAGCAGGUCUUCAAGAAGAGCUCUUACAGCCUGCCACUUGAAACCCAAAGAAGCUUGCAGAGGCAUAGGGAGGAGUUGAAGGAAGCUGAGAAAGAGCCCCUCUUGUUGCCCGAGCCUGUGGAUCCAUUCAAGUUACCUGGCAUGGAAGAAGACGAGGAACCAGAGCCCGAACCUGUCCAAAUUCCUGAGAAGAUGAGGGAAGCCAUGCGGAACCGAGGUUCCCGUUCCGAUCAGACCGUGAAGCGAAUCGCUCAAGAAAUGCAGCGAGCAACUUCACGAUGGCCAGGGCCAAGGAAGGUGAGCCGGUAUGUCCCCAGGCUCGAGAGAUGGAAACAAGAGAAGGCUGAAAAGGCCAAGGCCAAGGCCAAAUCAAAGUGAUUUGAUGGCAAGUCGCAGGCUGAAGCGCAUAGUUGUGUGGAUUUGCAGGUCCACAAAUCACAAAGUGCCGCAAGGUUUCACGGAGAAAAAGCCUUGCCGCAUGCAAUGCUGCUGCAAUUGUUUAGCGCUAUUGUUCGACGCUGUGAAUUGGUGUUGGACAUUGUUUUUGUUCAAGUUCUCACUCAAAUAAGA